AUGAGAGAACUGCUUAUCUCAUCAUUUCAAGAAAGCCAGCGAAUGCUACAUGAAGCCUCUCUUCACUCCAGACAAAGACGAAGCUCAGCCUCCUCUUCCAUGCAUGUGUCUCCAUUCCUUCGGCAAAUGGAGCCCGAGACCCUGGAGAGUUCCCGAGCUGCAGAGCUUUUUCAAACAACACUGCAUGUCCUCGACAACAGAGGGAGACAGAGAUAUAAGAGGGAUGUCAUGGCACCAGGACUGCUCUCACAGGAAGACGUGGAGCUGAUUGCCGAGCUGUCUCGAUGUCCUCCUGUGACACAUCCAAACAUCUGUCAUCAAAGUCACCUCAACAAAUACAGCUCCAUAUCUGGCCUCUGCAAUAACAGGCAAAAUCCUCUCAGGGGAGUAGCCAGCACUCCCUUGGUCAGGUGGCUUCCCGCUGAAUACGAAGACGGAGGGAGAGAGCCCAAGGGCUGGAACCAAGGACGGCUCCAUAAUGGAUUCCAACUUCCCCCGACAGGUGAUUCUAUCAAAGCUGCACGCGGCUGCAUGCCUUUUUUUCGCUCCAACGCAGCCUGCGCCAUCCAUCGUGGCUCAGAUAUUCGACAAGCUCUGCAGCGACAGCAGAUGAACGGCAUCACAUCGUUCAUAGAUGCUUCGACCGUGUACGGCCACAGUCCGAGGCUGCAGAGUUCCCUCCGUGACCUCUCUGGCCUCGAUGGGAAGCUUGCUGUCAAUGACCAGUUCAGGGAUCACACAGGAAGAACAUACCCUCCAUCCGUUGCCAAUCUGCCAUCCGCCUGCCGCCAGGGUCCGCACGUGGAGAGAGUCGAGUGUUUCAGAGCUGGAGACAGUCGGCUGAAUGAGGGUCUGCCCCUGAUCUGUCUGCACACACUGUGGCUCAGGGAACACAACCGCAUCGCAGAGGCACUGAAACACAUCAACAGUCAUUGGAGCCCGGAGACUAUUUACCAAGAAACUCGCAAGAUUGUCGGAGCACUGCAUCAGAUCAUCACCAUGAGAGAUUAUGUUCCAAAAAUCAUUGGCGAGGAGUCUUUUGAACAGUACAUUGGACCCUAUCGGGGAUAUGAUCCAACUACAGACCCUUCAACAUCCAAUGUGUUUGCGACCGCUGCAUUCAGGUUUGGCCACGGCACCAUCUCUCCAAUACUCCAGAGACUGAAUGAGAGCUUCCAGAUGCAUGAGCACUUCCCCCACCUGAGAAUCAGUAGCACUUUCUUCAGUCCAUGGAGAAUAGUCAAAGAAGGUCAGUACACAGUGGAAUUGAAACCGACCCUGAGAGGUGCAAUUGGAACUCCAGCAUCAACAGCAAGCGCAAACAUG